CACCCUGGACGCCCUGUUUCUUAUGGGCAGGCGUCUGCGGCUGAGGACUGCAGAGCGGGGUCUGUGGAAUCUGGAGACUUUGUCAUCCUGAGUUGCGAGUCUGUCUGACAUUUAAAGUUUCGGUCCUCACUUCCUAUGUUUGAAGGAGACCCGACUCCAGCUCAGCUUUUGGGGGCCAAUGGUUUGUAUCUGUGGCCAAGCCUUCGGAGUGACUGGCCUACCUUGAGGUCCACCCUAGAAUCGGAACAUCGGUGGAGGACCUCCCCAUCCACAAAGCCAGGUCCGAGGAGCCGUGCAGGCAGCACAAGAUCAGGACUUGAAAAGCAAGUGUCCCAGCCUGGUGUUUCUACAACCCAGGUCGUAUCACCAGCUGACUGACCUUACUCAGCAUCGGAUUCUCCACGGGGCUGUAAGGAGAAGCAAAUGGGCAAUGGCUGGAAGCCUGCUAAGGGUCCAGAAGAGCUCACGCUGGAGGAUGCCCCUGUUCUUUCGGAAGCGGAAACCCAGUGAGGAGGCUCGGAAACGCCUGGAGUACCAGAUGUGUCUGGCAAAAGAAGCUGGGGCAGAUGACAUUCUCGACAUCUCUAAAUGUGAGCUCUCUGAGAUUCCAUUUGGGGCUUUUGCAACGUGCAAAGUUCUACAGAAAAAGGUGUUGAUUGUCCAUACAAACCAUCUCACCUCCCUGCUUCCCAAGUCCUGCAGCCUCUUGAGCCUCGCCACUAUCAAGGUUCUGGAUCUCCAUGACAACCAGCUGACAGCUCUUCCUGAUGACAUGGGGCAGCUGACAGCCCUGCAGGUAUUGAACGUGGAAAGAAAUCAACUCACGCAUCUCCCUCGCUCUAUUGGGAACCUGCUGCAGCUCCAGACACUCAAUGUAAAAGACAACAAGCUGAAGGAGCUUCCUGACACCCUGGGGGAGCUACGGAGCCUGCGGACCCUCGACAUCAGUGAGAACGAGGUUCAGAGACUUCCCCAGAUGCUGGCGCACGUGCGGACCCUGGAGACGCUGAGCCUCGAUGCACUGGCAAUGGUCUACCCCCCACCAGAGGUGUGUGGCGCUGGCACUGCGGCCGUGCAGCAGUUCCUCUGCAAAGAGUCAGGACUGGACUAUUACCCACCUUCUCAGUACCUGUUGCCAGUCCUGGAGCAAGAUGGAGCAGAGAACUCCCAGGACAGCCCCGAUGGACCCACGAGCAGAUUCGCCAGGGAGGAGGCUGAAUGGCAGAAUCGGUUCUCCAACUACGAGAAGCGGAAGGAGCAGAAGAUGCUGGAGAAGCUGGAGUUCGAGCGGCGCCUGGACCUCGGGCAGCGGGAGCACGCUGAGCUACUGCAGCAGAGCCACAGCCACAAGGACGAGAUCCUGCAGACGGUCAGGCAGGAGCAGACACGGCUAGAGCAGGACCUGAGUGAGCGCCAGCGCUGCCUGGAUGCAGAACGGCAGCAGCUGCAGGAGCAGCUCAAGCAGACGGAGCAGAGCAUCGCCAGCCGCAUCCAGAGACUCCUGCAGGAAAACCAGAGGUCGAGUGAGUGGAUGCGUUUUGCUUUUACAUUUUUUUUUUCUAGAAUAAGAAUGGAGCAGCUGAUGUCCAUUACCCAAGAGGAGACAGAGAACCUCAGGCAGCGUGAGAUCGCUGGUGAGCCGUGGGAGUUUUGUGGACAGAGCUUUCAGGUGGCCUCGCUGUCGCCCGUGCAGGUUUCUGGCAGCAUGGCUGAAAUGGACAAGCGGUUCCAGCAGAUUCUGUCGUGGCAGCAGAUGGAUCAGAACAAAGCCAUCAGUCAGAUCCUUCAGGAGAGUGUGAUGCAAAAGGCUGCAUUCGAGGCUCUCCAGGUGAAGAAGGACCUGAUGCAUCGGCAGAUUAGGAACCAGAUUAGGCUAAUAGAAACUGAGUUACUGCAGCUGACACAGCUGGAGUUAAAGAGGAAGUCCCUGGACACAGAGGCGCUUCAGGAGAUGGUCUCAGAGCAGCGCUGGGCACUCAGCAACCUGCUCCAGCAGCUCCUCAAAGAGAAGAAGCAGCGGGAAGAGGAACUCCAUGGCAUCCUGGUGGAGUUAGAGGCCAAGAGUGAAACGAAGCAGGAAAAUUACUGGCUCAUCCAAUACCAACGGCUUUUAAACCAGAAGCCUUUGUCCUUGAAACUGCAGGAAGAAGGCAUGGAGCGACAGCUGGUGGCCCUGCUGGUGGAGCUGUCUGCUGAACACUACCUGCCCCUCUUCGCCCACCACCGCAUCUCACUGGACAUGCUGAGCCGAAUGAGCCCCGGAGAUCUGGCUAAGGUGGGCGUCUCAGAAGCAGGCCUGCAACAUGAGAUCCUACGGAGAGCCCGGGACCUGGCUGCUGUGUCCAGAAUCCAGCCAGAGUUGAAACCACUGGAGAAUGAGGUCCUUGGUGCCCUCGAGCCCCCCACAGCUCCUCAGGAGCUCCUCGAGUCAGUGCGACCGUCUGCCCCCCCGGCUGAACUGGACAUGCCGACCUCAGAGUGUGUAGUGUGCCUGGAACGUGAAGCCCAGAUGGUCUUCCUCACCUGCGGCCACGUCUGCUGCUGCCAGCAGUGCUGCCAGCCUCUGCGUACCUGCCCGCUGUGCCGCCAGGAGAUCUCCCAGCGCCUCCGGAUCUACCACAGCAGCUGAAGGCGCAGCACCUACCAGCCCCGGCCCUUCCUUGGCACUGUCUCCACCACUGCUGGACCCCACCUACCCUCAUUCCCCAGACGAGGGCAAGACGGCCGUAGCCUUUGUCACCCACCACCUGCCACCCGACCCCCACUGCUCUCUCUGAGCACUAGGCAGGCAAUGUUCCUGGCAAUGUUCCUGGCCUGUGACAUAGCUAUGCUGAACAGUGAACAAAAGACAGGGCAAAUCUGCUGGUGGUGGAGCCUUGGGGCACGGGGCCAAGGUCCAGCAUACGGAGGUGGCCCUGCAGGACUCAGGAAUCCAUGUUAGUAGCCAAGCCUCAGUGCUACACCCAGCUGUCUGCCCCUCCUGGUGGUGUCCAUAUCUGUGGACUGCAUCAGCCAUCCUGUCCUAAGGUGCGCCAGGCCAACUGCUUCAAAUGUCUCUGGGAAGGGGUGGGUUGUGCAAGACUCCCCAGCACCCUUUUGCUUCUUUCUGAACACCCACCCUCCCAUAUCUGCACCCUUAGCCUACAUAGGCAGGUUAAUUCAAAACAGGAGCACCAAUAAAUCUGACUCCCUUGCGGAGUCACCCCUAGGUCCAUGGGAACUUGGGAUGGGUAGGAGAAGGUGGAGUCUGGGGAGAGGGUGGCUCUUCUGGGGGAAAAGGCCAGAGCUGCUGCUCCUGGGUCAGAGGGAAGGCAACAGAGAUGAUGCCCAGUGGAGAGUCAGGCAAUGCCCUCUUCAAAGAGGGCAAGGGGACAGAGCCAGGGACGGGGCCUCUAUUCAUAAGUAGCCUGUGCUCAUAGGACAGGGUGUUCCUGCAAUGAUUAUCCUAGGUGAGGGGGCUGCCAAGGAAGGCAUGUUAACUCUCAGAGGGGCAGCCCACCCUCACCAGCUGUAGUGAAGGGGUUCCAUGUGACAUGGCACCCUUCUGCGCCGUCCCCCCCCCCCCCAGUAUAGUGUGUAUAGCCUACAGCAUGUGCUCAGCAAAUACUACCACUUGACUGGCUCUGGGGGAACUAGACAUUGGCACCUAGCUCAGGCCUGGUGGACACAUGGGAUUGAUGGACCAUCAGAAGGCUAGUCACCUGAAAGCUCUAUGGCCUCUCCCCUUCUCUCUGAGCCUCAGUUUCCCCCUCUAAGAUAGGAGAUUGUAAGAAUGAGUUAGAGAAAGAGGCCUCAGUAAAGUGGUUGUCAUUUGGAAGUCUGGAUCCCCAGAUCUCACCAAUCCAGGCCAGUGCACGUUGUCACCAUACUGAGGAAGCUGAAGCCGGCAGACCCUGGGACUCACCAGCCAACCAGGCUAUCUGAGUUAGUGUGUUCCAGGCUAACGAGACCUCAUCUCAAAACAUAAGGCGGAAUGACCCGAGAUCCUUUGGCUUCCACAUGCACACGCGUGCAGGAACACUGUCAGAUCAGGGGCCUGGUAGCUCAUGUGAUGAGCCCAAGAGAUCUGGGACGAAUGGAUCCCUAGAUACCGUAGGCCUAGAUCUCCCCCCCCCCCAGCAGCACAUGAGGAAAUGAGCUUUAAAUAAAGCGUUUAUUGAUGAGCAGA